ACCCAACCCAACCCAAAAUAAAAAUGGCUACUAGAAGUAAACACAGUUCAAAACACAGUGGUAGUUAUCUGCAGCAACGUUUGAAAUCUGGUUAUACUCCCUCUUGUGGCAUCCCUAAAUUUAAAGAACUUUCUCCGGCCACUUCCAAAUCACCAAAUUAUUCUGAGAGAAAACCAUUGAAAGGAGUUCAUAGUCUUCUUAGUCCUGCAAACUGCAUCAGAUUUUAUCAUAGCUAUGAGCCAUACUAUGAGUUCACCAACUUUUUCCUUCAGCCAGUGAAAAUAGAUGGAGUCAUUUGGCCAACAACAGAACAUUAUUUUCAAGCUCAAAAAUUUAUAGGCACGCCUUACUGUGAGGUGAUUAGGAAACUGCCUACCCCACGGGAAGCUUUUCAGUACUCACGUAUGCCAGAGGUAUCACGAUGGCAGAGGAGAGACUGGGCCAGUGUUAAGGAAGAUGUGAUGUUCAAAGCCUUGGCUAACAAAUUUAUGCAAAAUGAAAGACUCAAGAUAAAGUUGCUGGAAACAAAAGAUUGCAAAUUAAUUGAACACACUUACAGGGACUCUUAUUGGGGUGAUGGUGGAGAUGGAAGUGGAUUAAACAGACUUGGUGAACUUUUAAUGGAACUGAGAUCUAUACUGCAAUACAAAGAAGAGGCAGAAUCAAGAAGAAGGCUGCCUUCAUCUUCGCGAUUAAGACGAUCAUCUUCCUUUUCAGGAAAUAUUGAUCGUCUACAUCUCAGUAGGGACACCUCUGCCACUAACCGACUUUCAUGCACUGAUGAUAUGCAUUUACAGAGUUCUCGUCUGCCCUUCCAUUCACAACCCACUCCUGCUGUCCAAAUAAGUAGGAUUACAGGAUCAAGUGUUAAUUAUAAUAUUUUUACAGGAACCCCUAUAUAGAAUGCUUUAUGUUAAAGUUUGUUAAUAUUUAAAAAAUUAUUAUGCAUGAUGUAAAUAAAUGGGUGUUGCCGACAGCAUUUAUAUAUCAUGUUGU